AGCACGCAAUCCCUGACGUCAGGCUGCUGGCAUUAGCAAGCGGCGGCAGUCAGUGUGUUUGAAGCCUCCGACUGCUUCUCUCACUCUCCUGCAACAUAACAUUUCCUCGAACUAUGGGGGGUGACGAUGAACCCCUUUUGAUUUCCAGCGGGUGGCUUUUAGCCGCCCGGUAGUUCGUGUUCGCCACCUUGCUCCAUUCGCCCACUUGACUGAGAACAACAAGGUUCGGCUGCUGCUGCUUUUUCUCUAGUGAUCUGCAAAUUGGACCGACCAGCAAGGUUUGCGAAGGAGAAGGAAAAUAAAUAUACAAAGGAUGGGUUGUGGUGGAAGUCGGGCUGAUACGAUCGAGCCCAGGUACUACGAAAGCUGGACCAGAGAAACGGAAUCAACGUGGCUGGCCAACACCGACACGGAUGUGCCUUUGCCAGUCGAAUCCAAUGCAUUGGACAAGGCUACGGUGCAUGUGUACUCCAACACCUCGGAAGGAAGCACUCAAACUCAUACCCAUGUCACUGUGUCUUCUAAUGCACAUGAAAAAGUGAGCGCCCACAAAAGGACAUCUACUGUUGGAACAAACACACACAAUGGAAAACAACAGUUAACGCAUGUCCCAGGAACUUCAGUACAGAAACGACGUAUAUUUAGAACAGACGAGAAGAAAAAAAGUGAUGGGAACAAUAUAUUAGCAAAUGAAGUCACAAAAAAUAACUCUUCAAUUGAUUCAGAAGGAAGACAAAUGGAAAGCUGCGUGAAGUAAAAAAUCAAUUAAUCUUAUUGAAAAGAAUCUUACAGAAAAAUCAAUGCUCUUUGCACUUUAUGAAAGUUCAAUUACCACAAGAAGACGAAGAAUUAAAAUGCUUAGAAAUCUUCAAAGCUGAACUGUGCCUUCAUAUCCAAUAUCCGAAGAUUCAUUCAAUGAUUAGUUCUUCAAAAAAGAAUAGAGCUGCAAUCAAUAUACCAAAACCUAUGUAUCAUUUAACAAAUUCUGAAUACAUGUAACAACACAAGAACCUGAAAUAUGCAUGCAGGUUUUCUUAUAAAUCUAUUGCACACAGUCAAAAGAAAAAAUGUAUGCUAAUCAUAAAUAAAUUAAAAUUCUCAGUAACCUGGAUAAGCUCUCCUUAAACUUUAUUAAAAUACUUUUGCUUAUUCUUCACUUCUAUGUUUCUGUUGCCCAAGCACAUAACGUUUUGGCAGAUGGAAACAAUUUCAACAGGAUCCACUCCCAGAGAGUUAAAUAUUAUCUAACAGAAAUUAAUAAAAGUUAUGCCACUGUGUCUUCUGCUCCAUCUUGUUAAUCUUCUAAAUUUCGUAUUUAAAGAUAAUAACAUUUUGAACGUUGAAUUCUCCAUUGAGAAUUGUACGACCUUAAAUUCUACAAGUUUAGGCAACCUCCUACUAAACUCCCCUACAUCAUCUCUCCCUUUCUCUCCCCUCCCCCCACCCCCUCCCUCUGUGCCUCACAUAAGCUCCCACCUUUUUAUAAUUAUAAAUUUAAAUUAUAAAUGCUAUUUUUAGGGAUAUUACUCGCUUUGCCCACUUGCUGUGUUUAAUGGGGAAUCUUGAAGUUAUUUUUGUUUACAUACAAGAAUACUCAUUGGCACCACUAAAAAGAUUGAAGCUAUUUAAAUUAUUGAUAAGGGGAUGACCUAUCUGAGAGGUGAUUCUGUCAUAAACAUUUACUUUAUCAGCUGUAUUAAGAAAUGUAUACUGUUGCCACUCCAGAUCUAUGAGAAAAAAUAUGAUCAAUUAUGUUGCAAAAAGAUUUAUUAAAAAAAUGUAUGUAAGCUAAUUCAUGCAUUUGAACCAUAUACUUGCAAUUUUGAAUUCAUUAUAAAUUAGCAUAGAUCAAUGACAUAAAUCCCCAUUAUUGUCAUCAAUUAUAUUCACAAUCUGUACAAAUGUGGAGCCCAUGUUUGCAGAAGGGUUUUGGAAAUGCAUUGCACGUAUUUAAGUAUGAUAUUCAAUAUAUUAAUAAAUUUGCCCUGGUUCUUUAUACAUUAUUUGAGCACUAUAUACUUGAAGGUGAUUUUUGAAACAUAAUUUGGAAAUGUGUGAGAAUAACAUUAAAUCAUCGAUAUACAUAAAGCAGAAACAUAGAAACUAGAUGCAGGAGGCCAUUUGGUCCUUCGAGCCAGCAC